GGAUCCGGGGGGAUGGAUGGGCCCGGCGGCCGGCGGCGCCCGGCGCUGGCGGCCUCCGCCCGGGCCCUCUGAGCGGCCGGCGGCGGCCGCCGCGGGUGCCCGCGGGCCCCGGGCUGAGGUAGCGCCGGGCGCCCGGCGGCGAGGCGGCCAUGGCCACCCGGCGUCUCACGGACGCGUUCUUGUUGUUGCGGAACAACGCGGUGCAGAGCCGGCAGCUGCUGGCCGAGCAAGUGAGUAGUUACGGCUCCUCCAGCCCUCUGAGUUCACGUAGCAUGGCUGCUGCGCUUGCUGAUGAUCGUAUGGCACUGGUAUCGGGAAUAAGUUUAGAUCCCGAAGCAGCAAUUGGAGUAACAAAACGCUUACCUCCCAAAUGGGUCGAUGGAGCAGACGAAAUCCAGUAUGAUAUCGCCAGGGUUAAGCAGAAGAUGAAAGAAUUAGCCAGUCUUCAUGAUAAACAUCUAAACAGACCAACACUGGAUGACAGCAGUGAGGAGGAGCGGGCAAUAGAAAUAACAACCCAAGAGAUCACUCAGUUGUUUCACAGAUGUCAGAGAGCAGUCCAGGUCUUGCAGAGCAGGUCCCGUAGUUGUACAGAACAAGAAGCACGUGUUCUCAGGAACGUAGUGUCUUCCUUAGCACAGUCCCUUCAGGACCUAUCCACCAACUUUAGGCAUGCACAGUCUGACUAUCUCAAACGCAUGAAGAAUAGAGAAGAAAGAUCCAAACACUUCUUCGACACCUCAGUCCCACUGAUGGAUGAUGGGGAGGAUGAUACGCUUUACGAUAGGGGUUUUACAGAUGACCAGCUAGCAUUGGUGGAGCAAAACACAUUAAUGGUGGAAGAGCGGGAACGAGAAAUCCGUCAGAUUGUACAGUCCAUCUCCGAUCUCAAUGAAAUAUUUAGGGACCUGGGAGCAAUGAUAGUAGAACAGGGAACAGUUCUAGAUAGAAUUGACUACAAUGUUGAGCAGUCGUGUAUGAAAACCGAAGAGGGUCUAAAACAACUACAUAAGGCAGAGCAAUAUCAAAAGAAGAACCGGAAGAUGCUUGUAAUUUUAAUUUUGUUUGUUAUAGUAAUUGUCCUUAUUGUUGUUCUUAUUGGUGUAAAGUCACACUAGGUUUCACCUCAUUUUCUCAUGUUUGGAGUUGAUGUGAACUUUCUUCCCCAGUGCGAAUGGACAGACCUGCACUCCCGAAAGCUGCCUUUGAAUGUACAAGCCCUUGUGGUGCCAAGUCUGUGCGAUGUUUCUGUAGAGUUCUUCAGAGCACGAGUCUGGUGAUCUGUCAGGUGUUUGUGAGGAUUACAUGGAAAAUGUCAGGAAACUUGAUGCUCCCACACGAAUAAUUUGGCGCUCUGUGCCGAGGUAUUUGGAAACACAGUACUUAAAAAUAAUUACAAAAUUGAAGUUUAACGGUGAGUACAGCAAUUAGGGUGUUACUGUGAACAAAAAUGUGCUGUCGUCUGUAUUCUCAUGUCACAGUUGUGACAGGCUUCAAAUUUAAACCGUGUUACUGAGUCACGGGACUAGAUAACAAAAAUUGAUCUAGAUGUAAAAUAUGUUGAGGCACAAAAAUGUUUGACUUUCUCCUUUCUUCCAGCCUCAGAAACUCCAAAGAACUGGGUAGACAGAUAAAAAGGAAAGCUUUUAGCAACCAGACUGUAAUCCAACCCCUGUGAUCUUAAUUUAGAUACUGCACCGUUACUAAGAAUCAGAGUAGUACUUGAUUUUGUAAAUAGCAAGAUUUAAUCACCGGCAUAAUUUAACACAUUUAGUUAAUUAAAAAAUUUUCUGAGAUUGAGUAAUCACGGGAAUGUUUUCCCUCAUCAGAAUGUUGAUAUAUAUUUUUUUCGUGUACAUUUUUUUUAGUUUAAAGUACAAACAUUACAUUAAAGCAGUGGUGAAGUUAAACCUAAAAAAUGGAGGUUCUCCUUCCGUCUUUCUACUCCCCCUGACCUGCUGUGGUGGGUCUCAGAUGUUUCAAACUUUAGUUCUUGUGUCAGGUGUUUCUUUUACAGUGCAUCUGUCCAUGCGUGUUACGGUUUUUGUAUAAGAACUGACUUCACUACAGUACAUACUACAUCCAUUUUCCCUGACAGAAGAUUAUUUAUUUUAAAUGCCUGCCUGGAAAAGGACGUGUUUAUGGUGUCUUACUGACCAGGAGAGAUGUCAUGCAAGUGACAUGUUACUAGGCCUUCAGUAGAGAAUUUGGGUUAUUUUCACUAUUUUUUUCAGUGGAAAACUUUGCUGUAGGCCAUAGAGAGAAAUUAGGGAAACAUCUAAGUAAUAGAAUACUCAUGAUUUAAUUCAGGCCUGAAGUGGUGUGCAAUUGUAGAGGCCUUGCCUUAGUAUUUUUAAUAUGGCUUUUCUGUAUGGAUUUUUUUUCCCCAAAGGGAUUGUAACUUAUUUCCUUCAUUUUCUGGCUGAUACAGCGCUCCCCAUAAACUUGCAGAGAUGCUCUGCUCAAAGCCCCAUAGUGUUUGUAACACCGUGGUAUUAAUGUUGCGUGUGCGCCUGCCCGGAGUUUAUCUUCGCCGCGUCCUAAGGAGGACGUAAGAUGUGGCUUUAAACUGCCUCGGUGCAGGAACGGACCUGAGGCAGGGACUGCGACGGUGGGAAAGCCCCGGCUUUUUGUGGGGCUUCUUGGGAAAAGCUUUGUACCGCUCUUGUUACCUCUAGGCAAAGGGGAUCCUUAACUUCCAAAACUGCCUCUUUAAACCCUCGAUUGAAUUCGCAAAGUAAAUUGGUAGCAGAAUGAAUGACGCUUGUAGUUGGGUGUGCAGCUCCCCUGUUCUGGUAACGGAUCUUCUCAAUGAUCGUGAGUAAAACUACUGUCUCCCUCGUGUGCUGUCUGCAGCGGUGGGUGUGAAGCAGCAUAUUGCUAUAAUUUAAAAUACUGUAUUUGCAACUUUCUCUCUAACAUGAGAUGGUGUUAUUUAUUUCUGUCUUGACUGGUGCUUUUGACAUUUUAUCAUGGCUAAUAAAUUCAAAGAAGUAAUAAAACAUGUCCAGCCUAA